GCACCCUUCCACCCCAUGGACCUCGCCACCGCCGCCCCGCGCGCCGCUCCCCGGCUCCGCGGCCCCCGCCGCCGCGCCACCACCCUCUCUCCGCGCGCGGCCGCCGCCUCGCCCUCUUCCGCCGCAGCGUCAGCGGCGCCCGCCUACGCCCCCACGCCGCGGGACCGGGCCCUGCGAACGCCGCACAGCGGGUAUCACUACGACGGCACCGCGAGGCCCUUCUUUGAGGGAUGGUACUUCAAGGUGGCCAUCCCCGAGUGCAGGCAGAGCUUCUGCUUCAUGUACUCUGUCGAGAACCCCUUGUUCCGGGACGGGAUGAGUGAUCUUGAUCGGCUCAUACAUGGUCCGCGGUUCACUGGCGUGGGGGCGCAGAUUCUUGGCGCCGAUGAUAAGUACAUUUGCCAGUUCACCGAGAAAUCAAACAACUUUUGGGGGAGUAGGCAUGAACUAAUGCUUGGAAACACUUUCAUUCCCAAUAAUGACUCAACACCCCCAGAAGGGGAGGUUCCCCCUCAGGAAUUUUCUAAUCGAGUUUUGGAAGGCUUCCAAGUCACACCUAUUUGGCAUCAGGGCUUUAUACGAGAUGAUGGAAGGUCAAAGUACGUGCCAAAUGUUCAAACAGCUAGAUGGGAGUACAGUACUCGUCCAGUAUAUGGCUGGGGUGAUGUCACAUCAAAGCAGAAGUCAACUGCUGGGUGGCUUGCUGCUUUUCCUUUCUUUGAACCUCAUUGGCAAAUAUGCAUGGCUGGUGGCUUGUCCACAGGAUGGAUUGAAUGGGAUGGAGAGCGUUUUGAAUUUGAAAAUGCUCCUUCAUAUUCAGAAAAGAACUGGGGUGGAGGUUUUCCAAGGAAGUGGUAUUGGAUCCAGUGCAAUGUCUUCUCAGGCGCAUCUGGUGAAGUUUCUUUAACGGCUGCUGGUGGACAAAGGAAAAUCGGAUUAGGUGAAACCUAUGAAAGUCCUUCAUUGAUUGGUAUUCAUUAUGAGGGAAAAUUCUAUGAAUUUGUGCCUUGGACUGGAACAGUAAGCUGGGACAUUGCUCCUUGGGGUCACUGGAAAAUGUCUGGCGAGAACAAAAAUCAUCUGGUGGAAAUAGAAGCAACCACCAAUGAACCAGGCACUGCUUUGCGAGCUCCAACUAUAGAAGCUGGAUUAGUGCCAGCAUGCAAAGACACCUGCUAUGGAGACUUGAAGCUGCAAAUGUGGGAAAAAGGAGAUGAUGGUGGCAAGGGAAAGAUGAUACUCGACGCCACAAGCAACAUGGCGGCACUAGAAGUUGGUGGAGGCCCUUGGUUCAAUGGGUGGAAGGGCACCACUGUCUCAAACGAGCUUGUGAGCAACGUCGUCGGCACACCGGUCGACGUCGACAGCCUCUUCCCUGUCCCAUUUCUCAAGCCUCCUGGCCUGUAAGCAUAGCAUAGCAUUGCCCAGGUUGAACCAUCAAUAAGGUGAGAGAUGAAAUAAGCCAUCUGGUCCUUAAUCACGCCUUGAGUCUUGAUCCGAUCUUCACUUAGCAUCAAUCAUGGUUUCAGCCAGCCAGCUACAGGAAACAGUAGACAAAUCAGCAUAAGAGUUUUUUUUUCUUAUUGGUUUAGAGAAACAGGAACCGUUGGGGUGAGGUGAAAUCAUAUGCGUCAAGAGUAUUUUUACUGAUCAUGAAUGGAGGCUGUAAUUCAAGAUGACAAGUACUCUACAUGGUGUAAUAUGUUAUAAUUCAUAUCAGUAAGUUCCAUUUAUGCCCAUCUAAACUUUUGAAGUAUUGUCAGGCAGUGAGCCUAUUUGAGUCCCAUCUCACUAUCUGGUCAAA